AUGGAUUUUGAAGGGUCUCAGGACAAGGAAACUACUAUGGGAGCAGCCCCUCUGUCCCCUAAGACUACGAAACAGGAAGGCCAUAUUAUUGAGGCAUCAAACCUCGAUAAGAAUCGUUUUAGUAUUUGGAGUACAAUUGGUAUUCAGUUCGCAGUCGCCGCCGCUCCCGUAGCUGUCACUGGCUACUCUUCCCUUAUCCCCGGGGCUGGAGGCAGUACCUACUUCUUUUGGGGCUACAUCGUCGCUAUUGCAGGCCAGCUCAUAAUAGCCCUAUCGCUAGCAGAACUAGCUAGCGCCCUCCCGCAUGCCUCAGGUCAGAUAUACUGGGCUUUUGCCCUUGCGCCACCUCGCAUGUCUCGUUUCCUGAGCUAUUUUAAUGGAACCUGGACCGUCUUCGGCUGGAUAUUUGCUACAGCAGCAUCGGCCAUAUUUGCCGCAGACUUCAUCAUAGCAUUCGCCAUGAUAGUAUCUCCCGACUAUAUACCGCAUUCCUGGCAUGUGUAUAUACUAGCGGUUGCUGUGAUCUGUAUUGGGUUUAUACUCAACACGGCCCUCAUUGCAAUAUUUCCAUUCAUUACAAGUUUUAUGAUCAUCUUCCUUUUCACUGCCCUCUUGGUCAAGACUGCCGCGAAAGCCUCAGCACAGACGACUUUUGUGGACGUCAUCAACGAAACGGGUUGGGAUUCCGACGGAGUCGUCUUCCUUAUCUCACUGAUACCCGGCCUGUUAACUAUUUCUCUAUUUGACACCGCCAUUCACCUUGCCGAAGAGAUGCCGGAUCCAGCUAGACAGGUUCCCAUUGUCAUGCUUGGUAAUGUCUUGCUCUCAGCUGUAGGGGGGCUGACGAUGGUAGUUGCCUUAAUAUUCUGUACGACUCAUCCCGAAAACUUACUCGAGCCGCUAGGUGGACAGGCUAUACUUCAAAUUUGCUGGGAUGCAUGGCCCUCACUCGGAUUCUGCAUCGCCACGUCCGUGCUAUUCGUGGCAAAUUACAUGAAUGGGAUGACGACAAUUGUUACGGCCUCCAGUCGGGUUCCCUGGACGUUCGCAAGGGCCGGCGGUCUUCCGUUCAAGGGCUGGCUGUCGCACGUCGAUCAUCGGCUACAUGUGCCUCUAAAUGCAGUGCUCACCGUAUGCAUUGUUACGGCAGUUGUCGACCUUCUGGAAUUUGGACCUUCUACGGUCCUAAAUGGCUUAUUUGGCGCAGCAGGUAUCUGCUUCGCAAUGUCAUACGCUAUGCCCAUUGCGCUCCUGCUCAUCCGGGGUCGCGGGGGUCUCUCCAAUAGGCGUUAUCUCAAUUUAGGGGGUUUUGGUGUACCCCUAAAUUUUAUUGCUCUAGGCUAGACUGCUUUGAUUUGCGUCGUCCUCUGUAUGCCCACCACGAUGCCUGUCAAGACAGAUACGUUAAACCUCGCACCAGCAGUAUGGGCGGUGGUAACGGUCCUGUCAUUGCUGAAUUGGACUUUGGUUAAGG